UUAUAUAAACCAGCAUAAAGGAUUGCUGUGGGUAAAUGUCAAUAAUGGGUCCUACAGGACUUGACUACAACAAACUAGGCUUUGCUAGAAUCAUUCACCGCUAAAAAAGCGACGAAAACGAAAAGAAUAAAGGGUAUGUUCAGAAAAGAAUAAGAAAUGAAAUUAUUUAUUGACAAUAGGAAAGCAGAUACCUUGUAAAGAAAACGAACGAUGUGUCAAGAAGACGAAUAUGAUUACUUGUUUAAGACUGUGUUAAUUGGUGACAGUGGGGUUGGUAAAUCGAACCUAUUAAUGCGUUUUACAAGAAAUGAAUUUAAUAUUGAAAGCAAGAGUACCAUUGGUGUGGAAUUCGCUACUAGAAACAUCGUAUUAGACAACAAGAAAAUCAAAGCCCAAAUCUGGGAUACUGCCGGUCAAGAACGUUACCGUGCAAUUACUUCUGCAUAUUACCGUGGUGCCGUUGGCGCUCUCAUUGUUUAUGAUAUUACCAAGCAAUCAUCCUUUGAUAACGUUGGCCGCUGGCUAAAGGAAUUGCGUGAACAUGCCGACAGCAAUAUUGUUAUUAUGCUUGUCGGAAAUAAGACAGAUUUGCUUCACUUGCGUGCUGUUUCCACUGAAGAGGCUCAGGCCUUUGCAGCUGAAAACAACUUAUCGUUUAUAGAGACUUCCGCAAUGGACGCAAGCAACGUAGAAGAAGCUUUCCAAACUGUCUUGACCGAAAUUUUUAGAAUCGUCUCGAAUAGAUCUCUCGAAAGUGGUGAUGAAGGCGUUCAUCCCAUGGGCGGUCAAACUCUUAGUAUCACUCCCACUAUGAACGACACGAACAAGAAGAAAUCUUCUUCACAAUGUUGUUAAGUUUUCCUCGGGAUUCCUCGUUGCAUUUAUUUUAAUCUGAUUUCCUUCGCUACCUUCUUUCAAGGUUACUUUACGUCUGCUCCCUUAUGGUCAAUAGAAGAUUGUAAGUUGAGUACUCUUCCACUUUCAUGGCACUCCAUCUUAUCCUAUCCUCAUGUUACUUGCUUACGACGAAGAGGUUUGUAUAAUUAGCCUAGUAUGCUGAAACAUACAGAACCGAACAGUUAUCUUGAAGGUACUUUUUCUCCUUUGUGUACAGCAUUUCCUCAUUCCCUGGCUUCUACACUUUAACCAGCAUUAGUAUGAUUUAAUUCAUUUUGUUAAAAGAGAAAGCAAUAAUUUACAGUAGAAAAUUACUUAUCAGACGCUCGUAAAAUGAGGAUUCUUCGACUACUAGCUAAAGUUCAUUACUUCGUUCAGUCUAUUAUAAAUGAAUAUGGAUUAUUUUAGUUUAUUUAUUUGUUAUUUGUUAUUUCAUCCAAUUUAAAAUACCUAUUUCUACAGAGGUUUACG